ACCAAAUUUUUGUGCAAUAUAUCUUCUAUCAUCUUUCAAUGAGAAAAAAAAUCCAGCCUUAGUAUAUAAAGCCCACCGUCGAUACGUUUUCUAGGCCUAUGUUUGAACGCCAUGAGACAGACAUCUCUUACCCAGCGGCUACAACGCAUAAACAGACCGUCCGGGCGACAGAAGUCCGCACAGCCGUCAUUCAUACGGCAAACCAUGAUGAUUAUGGACAUUCCAUAUGCCAUACCUUGGCUGCUUGGGGGUUAACAGCGACUCUAAACAUCAUCCCAGAGCAAGUCAGGAAAGGAUCUGAGAAUGAGGGAUGUUUGAGGACAUAUCCAAUAUGUAACGCCGUCGCGCUGCGACAUCGAAAGCACUUGUUUGUGUUUGACGAUCAAGAGCAUCCCUGCGAAAUAUUCCUGGUGCUGAUCGCAACGACAACAUUUAUACACUGGUACUGCAUGCUUCGUCUUUUCAGUCAGCCGAAAUGGAGAGACAAAUACUUGUCACAGACAACAAGGGCAACAUUCGUCACUCUUGUGCUCUUGGGGGGGGUUGUUCAAGACUCGACCACAGUCUUACUUCGCGUUUUACCCGCCGUCAUAGACGUAUACGCCUCUAUAUGCCUCGCUCGGGAUUAUAUGGAUAAGGGGCUAUGAAGAGUAUAGGAGACUUUUGCAGCUUCUCAAAUAGCUGGGCUCAUGGGCUAUGAAAAGACGGAGACUGCGCAGUAAGAGCGAAGCUUUUCGCAAGAAGUUUCUUGUGGUGUUUUUUACUUGUUUGUCCCUUAAUGCAGAUAUAUAUUGUUAUUUGUUUUUGCUUUGUUUUUCUUCUCGCCAUCGGCUCUUAAUAGUUGAUAGCACCAGAUCAUGUACUUUCUUUUUUCAGAGCAUCAAUAUC